GUCAACAAAAGUUGUUUUUGAUUCUGGGCAGCACAGCAGCACCAAAAGUUGCUGCUCAGUUUUGGAAUAUUUAGAAUAUUAUUUUUCAGAAGUAUUUCAAUACCAAUCCAAUAUUUUUCGGUAGUUAAUAACGCAAACUGUCGUAUUAUUGUAUGAGUUUUGAACCAUGGCUUCUAAGGUAACUUUUAAAAUUACUCUCACCUCGGAUCCGAAGCUGCCGUUCAAAGUACUGAGUGUUCCGGAAACAACUCCGUUCACGGCAGUGCUAAAAUUCGCCGCCGAAGAGUUUCGGGUGCCACCGGCAACAAGUGCAAUCAUCACCGACGAUGGAAUAGGUAUCAAUCCACAGCAAACGGCCGGUAACGUGUUCCUCAAGCACGGUUCCGAGCUUCGGCUGAUUCCUCGGGAUCGUGUCGGUGGUUGCUUUUCGUGAGGCUGCAUUCCAGAGUGAUUUUUUGCAGGACUGUGAAGUGGCAGGUGUGAUUGUAAUUGGUUUGAGUGCUUAACUACUGCUUAUUGUUUACGCGUCAGAAGCUUGUUUGCGAAUAAUAAAGUAUCGACGGGUUUUGUUCGUUUUCAUUGGA